AGUUCUCCAGCUUUACUUCACAGCAACAUGAACACCUUGUUUGUCGUCGCCUUCGCCUCCUUGGCAGCCCUCACCGCCGCCUCCGGCAUCCACGGCAUCGGCGCCCUAGUCUCCGGUCCCAUCGGUCUCGCCGGCCUCGGUGGUGCCGGACUAGUCCACGGAGGAGCUAUCGCCGCUAACGCUUUGGCCGCCAACUCCAUCGCCGCCAACGCCAUCGCCGCCAACAACAUCGCCGCCAACGCCAUCGCCGCCAACAACAUCGCCGCUAACGCCGCCGCAGCGAACGCCAUCGCUGCCGCCAACGCUCGUGCCGUUGCGGCUAACGCCAUCGCCGCCAACAGCGUAGCCGCCAACGUUGCCGCCGCCAACGCUGCCGCCGCCAACGCUGCUGCCACCAGAGAUAUCGCCGCCACUAAUAUCGCCGCCAACGUCGCUGCUACCAACGCCAUCGCUAACGCCAACGCUCGUACUUCUGCAGCUAAUGCUGCCGCUAACGCUGUUUCUGUUCAAGCUAACGCAGCCGCCGGCGCUCAAGCUGUUGCAGCUAACACUCUGGCUGCACAGGUCGGUGCAGCUAACGCCCUUGCAGCCCGCGCCUACGCCGCUCCUGUGGCUGUUGCCGCCCCCGUUAUUGCCGCUCCCGCUCUGGCUGGUGGUUACCUUGGCGGUUCGGCCUAUGCCGCUCGCGCUAUUGCCGCCGGUCUUGGACAUGGACUCGGUGGCAUCACUGUCGGUGGUUACGGCAAAGGCUGGUAAAGGAUCGAACUUUGGACUUCUUGGUGACAACAUCUGCCUCUAUUAUGUAGGA